AUGGAGGAUGUGCUACAGGACUGUGCUGCCAGCAGCCUGUCCAGAGCAGAGUUCUGCAUGCUGCCUGAGCAGGAGAGGGAGCCCUCAGGGACACAGGCUGGGGACCCUGACAAUGGCAGCGAAGGGAAAGCCACAAAGAGCCGCUCGUCCCGCUCCUCACGGGCUGGGCUGCUCUUCCCAGUGAGCCGCGUUGAGAGGCAGCUGCGCAGCAGCCGCUUUGCCAAGCGCCUCAGGGCCGAGGCCCCUGUCUAUCUGACUGCAGUGCUGCAGUGCGUGACAGAGGAGGCCGUGGCUGUGGCUGGCAGGAUCGCCAAGGACCGCAACCAGAGCUGCAUUUCUGCGCUGCACUUGCACACGGCGCUGUACAAGAGCUCUGUGCUGAAGCAGCUGCGCUGCAGGAACAGACCCUCGCACCACGCAAGGGCUGGCCAAGAAAGGCAGCGCCGGGCCUUGGCCUCCAGAAAGAAGGCGACCAAGCGGAAGCAGGUGACCAAGAGCCAGAAGAGACAGCACAGGCUGAGGGCUGCACCUGCCCGCUCCAGGGCUGCUGCCAAGUGA